GGACUGUGACAUUCAUUUCGCGUCUUAGGUGGAAGAUUGUAAGUGAGGGGCGGUCUGUCAUGAUAACCGUAGUGUCAGUAGUGCUAUAGAGGAAAGGUACCUGUUGUGCUAGCAAGUUAAGGGAAAGAAGUUUGCCACGAAUGAUUAGUUGUUUAUGCUUCUAAAUAAAUUUCAGUUGUUGGUGAUAUUUGUUGCUUUAAUUGCAAUCAGCAACUAUGAUGGACGGCCCAGAUGAUAGCACAGUGAUUCUCGGUGAUGAAAACAGGAAGCCUGGAAGGUCAGAGACCGUGGAUUUGACUGAUAAUUCAUUAAUGGUUGACAUAUCAGAUGCACUUAGUGAAAAAGAUAAAGUGAAGUUCACAGUACAUACCAAGACAACUCUACCAGAAUUUCAUAAACCAGAGUUCCUUGUAGUUCGUCAGCAUGAAGAAUUUGUAUGGCUUCAUGACAGAUUUGAAGAAAUUGAAGAAUAUGCUGGCUAUAUUAUUCCUCCAGCUCCUCCACGUCCAGACUUUGAUGCAUCUCGCGAGAAACUGCAGAAAUUGGGAGAAGGGGAGGGAACAAUGACCAAGGAAGAGUUCAAUAAGAUGAAGCAAGAAUUGGAGGCAGAAUAUUUGGCAACCUUCAAGAAAACUGUUGCAAUGCACGAAGUGUUUCUUUGUCGACUAGCAAACCAUCCUGUGUUCCGAAAUGACCAUAACUUUCGGGUCUUCCUAGAAUAUGACCAAGAUUUGUGUGUGAGAGGAAAAAACAAGAUGGAAGUUCUUGGAGGAUUUAUGAAAUCUUUUACUAAGACCACAGAUGAAUUUCUACUUUCAGCUACUGUCAAAGAUGUCAAUGAUUUUUUUGAAAAGGAGAAAAAUUUUCUAAUUGAUUACCAUACACAUCUCAAAGAUGCUACAGCGAAAGCAGAUAGGAUGACGAAGCGUCAUAAAGAUGUUGCAGAUUCAUACAUUAAAAUAUCAACUGGCCUUGUUCAACUUUCAACAAUAGAUAACAGUGACCUUGAGAAGUUCUUGACAAAGGUAGCAGAAACAUUUGAAAAAGCUCGUAAAAUUGAAGGACGUGUAGCUUCAGAUGAGGACUUGAAGCUCUCUGAUACACUUAGGUAUUACAUGAGAGACUCUUUUGCUGCUAAGAGGCUGUUGUAUCGAAGGUUACGCUGUCUGGCUAAUUAUGAAAAUGCUAAUAGGAAUCUGGAGAAAGCGAGAGCAAAGAAUAAAGACGUACAUGCGGCUCUGGAAGUGGCUGAUGCCGAGCUUGCACAGCAACAAGCAUGUGAAAAGUUUGAACAGAUGUCAGACAAAGGAAAAGAAGAAUUGAUGGACUUUAAGACGAGACGAGUUGCAGCAUUCCGGAAGAACUUGGUUGACCUUGCCGAGCUAGAGUUAAAACAUGCCAAGGCUCAAGUCCAGCUGUUAAAGAACUCAUUGGCAGCACUGAAAGAAGAGUGACGGAGGUUGGAUCUGGUAUCUAUCCCACCCGCUGACAUCUCUGCAUUUGUCCAGUAGCUACCUACCAGCGGUAUGCAACUUUGUGAUGUGACGUCUGUGGUGGUACGUUCAAAUGUGCAGGAAUAUGGGAACAUACCUGAAGAGAAUGCUUGGAUUCAUACCCUUAAAAUAGUUUCCUUGAUAAAUGGUACAUCAGAAAGUUCAUCAGAUAUGUCUUGAUUAUAAAAGCAAUUAGCUAUUUGUAAUCAGAGAUAUGGCUGCAGGAGUAGUUAAUGAACUAUGAAUUCCAAACAUCCUCUUCAGCAGAAGAAAGAAAUAAUGAGUACAUGAGAAAGUACAUACACUAUAUAAACUACAGAGGUUGCGGUGGUGUUUUCAUAGUUAUGUAUUUGAUUUCUAUAUCUGUGGUCUCAAAAUUAUGUUUUUGAAUUUAAAUAUGCUCUAAAAGCAUAAUAAUAUAUUCUUGGGCUGAAGUUUAUUUUCAUUUUACUUUCUGUUCAGUCUUGUUUAUCUUUUUAUGAAUUUGAACUUUGCUUUCCACAGUAUCUUCAGCACAUACAAAUCAUUAUAUACUUACACCUCCUGUGGCCCACCCAUUUAUACUGCUUAAUGCUAUGUAGUAUUUGUGGAGUGGCAUACCACAGAAAGUGAUGGCUGAGUCAUGUAAUUAUGUAUAAAUUUAAGAAAUAAGAUGAGAAAUUUAAGUAGAAUAUCAUUGCUGUGUUCUUUGUGCAGUUACAUACAUAAUGUAUGAAAGCUCUGUAAGUUGACCAUUAAAUGAAGUAAUUGUAUGUUUCAUUACCAUGUGUAAUUACUAAAAAUAUAGUUUUCCAUGACUAUAAUUUAUGCAAUAAAUUGAAUUCUAGUGAUUGUUCUUUUGUUUUGGAAAGUGCAGAAUUUUUAUGCACUAUCAUAUAAGAUUGAGUUGAGUUGUGUAUUCCAUUGACUUAUGAAAGGAUAUACAGUACUGAAUUAAAUUCCAUUGAACUAUAAAAGAAAAAGAUACACUUCUUCAUGUUCCUGCAUGUAAAUUCCUAAUAAUUUUAUUGCAUUUUGUAUAUUAUGUUUUUGCAUUCUUAAUAAUAUAGCUUUGUUAUCAGCACAAAUAUUAUGUGCAUUAUCAUGGGUAUAAGAAAUAAUAUGUUCAUACAGGAAGGUAUUAUUGUUAAAAUGAUUCAUCUUUUUUUUUGUAUUUAAAGAAGUGUGACUAUUGAGUUGGUAUAUAGGAUUUCACAAUGUAAAUUUUCCUGCGCCAGUACUUGCACCUGGUAUAAUAAUGAUUA